AUGACGAACGAGCCAGUCCUCAACUCCCCCCUCGCCUACCGCGCGGUGUUCCUCUACUUCGAACCAGUUGGAGCCUUAGUCGGCGCCCUCCCCGGCCACCAAAACGCGCUGGAUAACCAGAUUAUCUACGACCAACUUGCUGCAGCAUAUAUCCUGUUUGCGUUCAGUGGAGCCAUUAUCUUGCGCAUUACAAAUAACUUGCGGGUGUGGAGAGGGAUCCUGAUCGGUAUCUUGAGGCCCGAAGAUUGGGUGAACCUGGUGAGUCUUUGGGGACAGGCGGCCCUCCGGCUUGCUUUCGUGACGGGAGUCGGCCUCAAACAGUCUGCGGCUACGAAGAAUGAGUGA